CGUGCUCUGAUGAGUCACUGUUAAGAGCAUCUGGGGCCUGGAGGUGGUGGCUGGUUAACUCCUCAUGGGCCGGUGGCUCUUGCCAGAAGACCAGGUUGGCUUCCACCCCUGACCCUAGACGUGUACCUCAAGGUUGGGCUCACAGUGGAUAUCUGAGGAGUGUCAUGGGUGACCCCCAUAUAGGCACUGUGGAUUCAGGGGAGAGGGGACCAAGGGGGCAAGAGGCAAGAGUGUGCACUGUGGAGUCAGGAGGGCUGGGUUCCAACCGCAAUUUGACAUUUAUUAGGACUCCUGUGAGCAGCCUCCAUGAGGCCCUGGACCAGUGCAUGACCGCCCUGGACCUCUUCCUCACCAACCAGUUCUCAGAAGCACUCAGCUACCUCAAGCCCAGAACCAAGGAGAGCAUGUACCACUCACUGACAUACGCGACCAUCCUGGAGAUGCAGGCCAUGAUGACCUUUGACCCUCAGGACAUCCUGCUUGCUGGCAACAUGAUGAAGGAGGCGCAGUCGCUGUGUCAGAGGCACCGGAGGAAGUCCUCUGUAACAGAUUCCUUCAGCAACCUGGUGCACCGCCCCACUAUGGAGCAGUUCACAGAAGAGGAAAUCCACGCGGAGGUGUGCUACGCGGAAUGCCUGCUGCAGAGAGCCGCCCUAACCUUCCUGCAGGAUGAGAACAUGGUGAGCUUCAUCAAGGGCGGCAUCAAAGUUCGCAACAGCUACCAGACCUACAAGGAGCUGGACAGCCUCGUGCAGUCCUCACAGUACUGCAAGGGAGAGAACCACAGGCACUUUGAAGGAGGAGUGAAGCUCGGUGUGGGGGCCUUCAACCUGACGUUGUCCAUGCUUCCUACCAGGAUCCUGCGGCUGCUGGAGUUCGUGGGGUUUUCAGGAAACAAGGACUACGGGCUGCUGCAGCUGGAGGAGGGCGCAGCGGGGCACAGCUUCCGCGCCGUGCUCUGCGUCAUGCUGCUGCUGUGCUACCACACCUUCCUCACCUUCGUGCUGGGCACCGGGAACGUCAACAUCGAGGAGGCAGAGAAGCUCCUGAAGCCCUACCUGAAGCGAUACCCUAAGGGCGCCAUCUUCCUGUUCUUCGCUGGGCGGAUUGAAGCCAUUAAAGGCAAUGUAGACGCAGCCAUCCGGCGGUUCGAGGAGUGCUGCGAGGCCCAGCAGCACUGGAAGCAGUUCCACCACAUGUGCUACUGGGAGCUGAUGUGGUGUUUCACCUACAAGGGCCAGUGGAAGAUGGCCUACUUCUACGCCGACCUGCUCAGCAAGGAGAACUCCUGGUCCAAGGCCACCUACAUCUACAUGAAGGCCGCCUACCUCAGCAUGUUUGGGAAGGAAGACUACAAGCCCUUCGGGGACGAUGAAGUGGAGUUGUUUAGAGCCGUGCCAGGCCUGAAACUCAAGAUUGCUGGGAAAUCUCUACCCACGGAGAAGUUUGCCAUCCGGAAAUCCAGACGCUACCUCUCCCCGAACCCUGUCUCCUUGCCAGUCCCUGCUCUGGAAAUGAUGUACAUUUGGAAUGGCUACGCUGUGAUUGGGAAGCAGCCGGAACUGACAGACGGGAUGCUUGAGGUUAUCACCAAGGCUGAAGAGAUGCUGGAAAAGGGCCCAGAGAACGAGUAUGCAGUGGAUGAUGCGUGCUUGGUGAAGCUGCUGAAAGGCCUGUGUCUGAAAUAUCUGGGCCGCGUCCAGGAGGCCGAGGAGAGUUUCAGGAGCAUUCCUGCCAAUGAAAAGAAGAUUAAAUAUGACCACUACUUGAUCCCAAAUGCCCUGCUGGAGCUGGCCCUGCUGUUUAUGGAGCAAGGCAGAAACGAAGAGGCUGUCAAACUCUUAGAAACUGCCAACCCAGGGAUCUGUCUCUUGAAACGACUCCCUCAAGCUUGGGGACCCAACAGGACCAAGAGUGGUUCCAGAGGGUAUGAUACCUGGGCAAAACUACAAGAAUUACUCCAUGGAGUCAAGGACACAUUUUCGAAUCCAGGCAGCCACACUCCAAGCCAAAUCUUCCCUAGAGAAUGGCAACAGAUCCAUGGUCUCCUCAGUGUCCUUGUAGUUUGGUGCAGCACUCCCGGGCUGGAAGACGGAGACAGCUGGACAGAGCUCCUGGAAACAUUUCAGAAAGCCCCCUUCCCCCUGCCCUCCCCUGCCCUGACCUGCCUUUGGGGUCCACUGGUGCUCCAAUGGGAUGGCACGACAUAGGUAUCCGUGCAGCAGCGAAGCUGGCAUUGUCACCAGUGUGACCAAGGGCCUUUGCCAAGGACAGAGCAGGUGGACCCUCCGCCUGCCCUAUCACACAUACGGGUACUUGUUUUUCACUGUGAUGUUUAAGAGAAUGUAUGAACAGUUUACAUUUUCCUUAGAAAUACAUUGAUGGGAUCAUAGUUUGCUUUUAAAAAAAAAAAAAAAGACCAACAACCAACCACCUGUAAAUCUUUGUUUUAACCCAUACUGAUCUAGAGGUAAAUCUAUAUGAUGCCAAAGGCCAGACUGCUGUUCAGACUUCAGCAAGGUCUCAGCUUCCGGGCUGAGAGGACCCUUCCUGUCAGGAGGGUCUGCACCUCAGGCGUUGAGGCUUUUGGGGUCCGGCAUAGAGGUCGCACACAGACACCCACUACUUUACUUCUUGCACUUCAUUGUCACUCCCUUUGUAACUUUCCAAUUUAAGAAAAUCAAACAUGUCUUUUUAGUGAGAUAAUUUUCAUUUGAGUCCAUCCGUAGAAAAAUCAGUCUCCACCGGUAAGGAAUGGGGAUGCCCAGGCCUGAUGGAAGGGGCCCUUUCUAUGCCAAAGCCAAGGAGUUCGGGGUGGGGAGGUUUCGCUGUAUGCCAAACUGGACCACUGGGAAUAAUUUAUGAAACGUGAAAAUCUUCUGUACUUCAGUCUGAGGUACAUUUAUUUACUGACAGCAUUUUUCUUAGAAGUAGAAUAGUUAUUCUUGGCUUGUUGUAUGUGUCUUAGAUUUUUCAGUUAAGAUAAAAGAAAUAUUUAAGUAAUAAAACUUACACACUUAAGAGAUCAUGCAACAUCUAUUUCCGUAAAAUAUGUGUUGCUUGAAUUCCUGGGCAGGGCAGAAAGUCUGGAGCAGAAGCCAUGUGGCCCAUGUAUGUUUUAUUUAGACAACAUGAUGUUUUAAAAUUUUUAGAAUAAGUUAUUAACAUUUAAAAAUGGGGAGAUUUCACAAAUAAAUAUGGUUUCUGGCCUCUUACUUAAAAAAAAUGAUCUGGGAACAUUGGGCCUUAUUCCCAUGAGCCAACAAUCAGUUGCAGCAGAGUAGAGGCUGCUUCAAACACACCCUACCUUUCUGGCCCCUAAAAGUAUCUGAAUUUGCAGCCUCUGGGACUGUUCAAGUGAGAACUCAAGUUCAGUGACCAACACCAAUUUCCACCAUUCACGAUCUAAUGACAGCGUACUUCAAUUUAACUGUUUCCCUGGAGGAAAAUUGUACACAGUAAAAAGAUUCAUCUAUGAAAACAUGACUCCUCAUCUACAUGAAUGCAAUUUCUGUAAGGGAAGAACCACAGACAGCUUUCCCAGUCUUCCAGCAUUGCUGUAUUUAGCAAACUCUUCUGAACAUUUGCCAGGGGCUGGGUGGGUUAAUCUAUUAAUAUACAGUUAACCAGCCUCCUGUGACUGAUACUGAAUGAAGUCAUGGGUUUUAGGUAACGCAUAUUCUCAGUAGGAAAAAAAGCAGAAAACUCGCAUCUAACCCUUACUUUUGCACUGAGUACUGUCAAAGCAGAAAUGCUAUGAAAAAAAAAUUUCUCAUUUUGUUAGAACCAGACGAGAGAAUGCUCUCCAUAGAGAGUGAGCCCUUUGCAAGCCCUCUCUCUACCAAAGCCUGGAUGCUGGAAGACCAGCCUGCUCCUAGGUUGUUGGGCAGGGCAGGGUGAAUGGGGUGAACUGGAGCCAGCCUGCUGAAUGAGGGGGGCCUUUUGUGGCUCCUCCAUAUUAGAAGCUUCCUACUGCUGUGUCAAAGCAGCCCUGGUCACAGGAUACCAAAGAUAUAAUUUGCAAAAUUGCAGUUCAAAAAACCUUUUAUUCAUUGUACGUGUUUUUGCUUUUAUUUUUAAAAUUUUAUGCCAGGGUGGUUUCCUUGUCA